UUUAAAAGGAGCAACCAAACAUCUGGCAAAUAUAGUAAAAGGGAUAUUCUGGUAGGACGUAUGCCUACCAUUAGUUCUGAAUACUGGUGAGGUUUUGAGGGCGAAAUGGCCGUGAUGAUUGGAAUCGCUUUCAGCGUUUCUUGGCUUUGUUGCCUGCUAAUUGGAGGGAUAUCGUGUUCUACAUCAGAAGGUGAUCGGUCUCCUGCACUGGAUUCUAAUGCAGCAUGGCUCUAUGCAGGAUCACUUCGGUCUCUAGGAUAUGGCAAUUAUAAGUCUCCAAAAUCUCAAAUGCAAGCGCAACAGAAACAUCCGGCCGCCAUCCUGCGGAAGGAACUGGCCCCCAUCUCCCAGCAACCUCAGCAAGUGUGGUAUCCAGUUCAAAUGCCCCUGCAUCAGAAGCAACUGGCCGCAGAAGCUCAGCAGCAGAGGCAACCGACCGCCGUGCCCCAGCAAGUGUGGCAUCAAGCUCACAUGCUGACGCAUAAGCAACCGACCGCGGUGCCCCAGCAAGUGUGGCAUCAAGCUCACAUGCUGAUGCAUAAGCAACCGACCGCCGUGCCCCAGCAAGUGUGGCAUAGAGCUCAAAUGCCCCUGCUGCAGAAGAAACUGACCGCCAUGACCCAGCAAGUGUGGCAUCCUCCUCACAUGGCCCUGCAGCAGAAGCAACCGACCGCCGUGCCCCAGCAAUUGUGGCAUCCUGCUCAAAUUCCCCUGCAGCAGAAGCAACCGACCACCGUGCCCCAGCAAGUGUGGCAUCCUGAUCAAAUGCCCCUGCAGCAGAAGCAACUGACCGCCGUGCCCCAGCAAGUGUGGCAUCCUGCUCAAAUGCCCCUGCAAACAACCGCUGUGCCCCAGCAAGUGUGGCAUCCUAAUCAAAUGCUGCAGAAGCAACCGACCGCUGUGCCCCAGCAAGUGUGGCAUCCUGCUCAAAUGCCCCUGCAACCAACCGCAGUGCCCCAGCAAGUGUGGCAUCCUUCUCAAAUGCCCCUGCAGCAGAAGCAACCGACCGCCGUGCCCCAGCAAGUAUGGCAUCCUUCUCAAAUGCCCCUGCAGCAGAAGCAACCGACUGCCGUGCCCCAGCAAGUGUGGCAUCCUCAAAUGCCCCUGCAGCAGAAGCAACUGACGACCGUGCCCCAGCAAGUGUGGCAUCCAGCUCAAAUGCAGCAGAAGCAACCGACUGCCGUGCCCCAGCAAGUGUGGCAUCCUUCUCAAAUGCCUCUGCAGCAGAAGCAACCGACUGCCGUGCCCCAGCAAGUGUGGCAUCCAGCUCAAAUGCAGCAGAAGCAACCGACUGCCGUGCCCCAGCAAGUGUGGCAUCCUCCUCAAAUGGCCCUGAGGCAGAAGCAAAUGACCGCUGUGCCCCAGCAAGUGUGGCAUCCUCCUCAAAUGGCCCUGAGGCAGAAGCAAAUGACCGCUGUGCCCCAGCAAGCAUGGCAUCCUGCUCAGUUUCCCCAGCAGAAGCAACUGGUCCCUAUGUCUCUACUGCAGAAGGAACCAACCACCAUAGCCCAGCAACCUCCGCUCGUGUGGCAUCCAUCUCAAUUUCCCCAGCAGAAGGAACUGGCAGUCGAGCCCCAGCAGCAGAAGGAACUGGCAGUCGAGCCCCAGCAGCAGAAGGAACUGGCAGUCGAGCCCCAGCAGCAGAAGGAACUGGCAGUCGAGCCUCAGCAAGUGAGGUAUCCAGCUCAAAUGGCCCAGCAGCUACCCAACCCCAUUCCUCAGCAAUUAUGGCAUGUAGGCCAAAUUUCCCAGCAGCAACUGGCCCCAUUGUCUCAGCAGAAGCACUACGAAAGAACUGAAGAUGAUGCCUCUGGUAGUUCUCAGGCCAGCAUUGAACAGUCAGGUGUCAUCCCAAUCUCUUCCUACAGUUCCAAAUCGCACUACAAGAAUGGCAGAACUGUCUUUUCCCGAAUCAGCUACACUCCUAGGGAGGCAAUGCCUGUUGACAGUGGAAAUGCUCCCAAGGACGGUUAUGUUGGCAUUGGUGCACCAAGCAUAUAUCCAACACUAGUGAAGGAUUCUGCAAGGAAAAUGUAAUGGAUUCAUCCUCUAGAAGCUCUAAUGGACGUUGCUGGUGCUCUUGCUACUCUAGUGUGAUGGAAUGAAUAAACAACUUACUUUAAAAAAUG